AUGCUGCUUGCGAUCAUCACGGCGCUGCAGAGCGUUUCGUGGCUUCCCGCCGUACAUGCGCUGUCUACUCGUUUUCUGACUUGUCAGCUCCAGAAACCUGAGCGUGUUCACCCCUUGAUCGGCUGUCCAUCUGGGACACUAUUUGUUUCAGGGAACGAUACUCGGGCCCGAUUCCAGGGAGUACAGGAAGCUGUAGCAUCGCUGCCAGAGGAGGGCGAUGCUGUGAUAUUGAUCGGGGCUGGAGAAUAUCACGAAACUGUCAAUGUUACGCGCAAAGGCGCGCUCACACUCCUCGGACAACUUGAUGCAAGCACCGCGUUCGGCCGGUCCACGAACGCAACGACGCGUAAUUUGGUACAUAUUUGGGAUAACAGGUAUAUCACCGCAGAGCUCACCGACGACGCACAAACUGCUGUACUUCUUGUUGCGCCGUCGUACAAUGCGUCGCUCAUCGGCGCAGGGCCGACUGGCGCUCCCGUCCAACCUCUUUUUGGCAACGUCGAUUUCAAGGCAUAUAACAUCAACUUUGAGAAUCGUGCUGCCAAAUAUGCAAUUUCUCAGGCGCUGGUCACUGACAUCUCUUAUGCCAACGCUUCAUUCUACGGGUGUACCUUCUCGAGCUAUCAAGACACGUGGUACACUGGGCGCAACGCAAGCACGUAUGUUGUGGAUAGCAUUAUCUUUGGACAGACGGAUUAUCUCUUUGGUUUUGGAACUGCAUGGUUUCAGAAUGUUACAUUGGCGAAUCGUGCGUGUGGAGGCGGGAUCGUCGCUUGGAAGGGGACAAACUUAACAGAUGCACCCGGAAAUCGGUACGGUGCCUACAUUUCAGACUCUCGUAUCAUCAGGGCGAAUGCGAACGCAACGACAGUGACUAAUGGCCAAUGCUACCUUGGACGUCCGUGGAACGAUCUUGCAACAACCGUCUACCUCCGGACAUUCAUGGAUCAGAGCAUCCGGCCUGCAGGAUGGACGCCGUUCAGUAGUGCCCGUCCGGUGAUUGCGAACACCACUUAUUACGCUGAGUACGAAUCAACCGGACCUGGAGGCAAUACGACCGCACGAAUUUCCCUGGAACACAUACUUUCUUCGGCUGAAGCUAAUGAUUUCACGAUCAAAGAAGUAUUUCUAGGCCAGCCCCGGUGGAUUGAUUUCGAAUACCUAUCAUGA